UCACGGAUUGACGGACGAAAACUUUUUUGUGUUGUCCUAAAGCUGAAUUUAGUUGACGAAUUAUAUAGUUUUAAUAUAUUUUAAUAAUUUGUAGAAUUUGUCAUAUAGAUAAUGGUUUUACAGUUGUAACUUGAGUUAUAGACGUAGGUAUUAUUAUAUAUAGAAAAAAUUAUUAAGUUUUAUAAAUGUAUAGUUAAAGUUAGUUUCUGAAAAAUGCAGAAAUAUAUAGUGUUGUUGUGUUUGAUACAUAGCUGUUAUGGUGUUAUAUAUACCUUAAAUGACACGGAGUAUAAUCGAAUGCCCGCCAAGUACAAGGGGGAUUUGUAUGACAAGUGCCACUGGGAUGAAGAUGCUGUCUACUGCUUCGCGGAGCUCAAGCUGGUCUCCGACACCCCUAGUCCCCUACUCACCAUGAUACAAGAAUACUCAGCGCACAACACAACGCAUUUCGAUUACACGAAAUUGAUACGAGGAGUGUGCCUCACACAGACAUGCAAACAUCUUUACAACGGUACAGCAGCUUCCAUUAAUGACACUGAGAUAAGAGUAGCCAUAGAGGCCUGUGUCAAUGAAGAAAUGUUCAAGGACUACGGGUUAAAGAUCAAAGUCAUCCGACACUUCUGCAACCAGCCGCCGAAGGACAAGCCGCUAGAUACACUUGAUUAUGCGAUGGCCAUCAUAUGUCUUGUAAUAUUGCUGGCCAACAUUGCUGGAACUAUUUAUGAGCCUUUCGGUGGAAAUCGAAAAGAUUUUUUAUCAAGAUUCCUCGUCUGUUUCUCGAUUCGUAACAACUGGAGGAAGCUAGUGGCUCCUGUCGCUAGAGGGAACGACCCUCGGCUGAAGAGACUCAAGGGUAUUCAUGGCAUGAGAACAAUGUCGAUCACACUAGUAAUUAUGGCCCACUCAAUCUUAGCCUGCGUUGCGUUUAUAGACAAUCCAAACUACUUUGAGCAGCUGUAUAAAAGCAAUAUGUUGAAGGUGAUCUUCAAUGGCAUGACCAUCAUGCAGACAUUCCUCGUGAUGUCCGGCUUCCUUCUGGUCUACAACUCCUUACUGCAUGCUGAGAAGCACAAGAUAACCUUAAUGUCGUUCCCUAAAUACAUCAUUUUGAGAUGGCUAAGAUUGACUCCACCUUACGCAGUCGUAUUAGGGUUGACUAUCACCUGGAUGAGGUACCUCACUGAUGGUCCUUUGUGGCAGGAGGUGAUAGGCAAUGAAGUAAAUGACUGCAAGAAGUACUGGUGGACCAACCUGCUGUACAUCAACAACUACUUCGACGACUCGCAGUGCAUGCAGCACACAUGGUAUAUAGCAACAGACACCCAGCUGUACUGUGUGGGUGCCUUAGUCUAUGUAUUGUGCUCCACUCCUCGAUCCAGGAAGAUAGUGCUACCACUCCUGCUUGUAGCAGGCCUCAUCAUUCCCGGAGUCAUCACUUAUAUGCUCAACUUGGAUGGAACCUUAAUUGUAUCUCCAGAGGCUAUCCACAGUCUGUUCCUUAACGAGCCUACCUUCAACUAUACAUACAGACGAGGCCACACCAAUCUCGCUGGCUACACCAUCGGCCUCUCCUUCGGCUACCUCAUCUACCACUGGCAGAAGAAAGGCGUUGACAUGUCCAGGUUCAGGAGAUAUCGUUUUGGGGUUCCUCUGCUGGUUUUGAUUGGAACUGGUGUUGUCUAUUCAGGCAGUAUCUUCUUCGAGGACGUUCCUCGCUACUCUAUGUACACCAGAGUUGCUUUUGCCAGUCUUCAGAAGCCAUUUUUCGGUUUUAUAAUAAGUUUGGCGUUAGUCAUAUUCAUCUUUAAAAUUGAUGACAUAGUUCGUCAUAUAGUGGAAUGGCAGGGUUGGACGGUGCCCAGCCGUAUCUCGUACAGCGCGUACCUGGUACACGUCGCCUACAUCAGACACUUCGUAUCCUACCAGACUACAAUUUGGCACGCCACCUUCGUCUUAAUACAACAAAUGACAGUUGGGUUCGUGCUGGUUUCCUUCUUAACUGCGUUACCAUUCUUCUUAAUAGUAGAAGCACCACUAGGCAACGUAACCAAAUUGUUCCUGAUGGGCUCCCCAAGAGAAAAGGAUGGCGAUAAUAAAGAAAACGUGAAAGCAGACCAUUCUAAAAAAAUGCUAAGUGACAGUGAAAUAGUGGCCAUUGAGAAAAUUGUUCCUUUGAAGACUUUACGAGAAAUACUAAGUGAUGAGCGGACCUAUGAAAAUUCACGAGUUUGACGAGAUAUAGAAAACUUUUAGAAAAUAUAGAUUAAGAAGAAAUGUUUGUUGGAAAAAAUUAAAAUUAGGCGAAAAUUAUUCAAUGACUUCUCCCGCCUUAGGUUAGGCGACACCAACGUAUGGUUUGGACUUUAUAUUUAUGUGAACAAAUUGUGAUGUUAGACAAUAAUUAGAAUUUAUUUUAAAAUAUCAUGGUUGGGUUUGACACUGCCACAUAGGAUUGCGUUUGUAUAAAAAUUUACUUAAACUCGUUAACUAAAUAGUUUACAUGAAAUGGAAUAAUUGUAUCUUUUUUAAAUUUUAUGAACGACAUACCUUUGUACAUAAAGUCCAUCAAAUAUUACAAAUUCCUUUAAUUAUUAUUUAAGGAGCAGAAUAUUUUAUUGCUUUUAAAAUUGUUGGG